AUGCCCGACUAUAAAGCGAAAGGAGAGCUCAUGCGAUCAACAGCCUACUCCUUCUGCAAAGCCUUCACAACCGGCUCUCCUCCAUCCGAAACACUUGACAAAUACUUCACAUCCAACCCUAAGAUUCUCGAGCAUGGCCCGAAGUGGGCAAACCUACGUCUCCCAUUCCUGGGCAUCAAAUUCCACGGACGUCGCUCUCAAGGCUCCUCAACUGCCACAUCCCGCAGAACCUGCGAUGACUACUACGACCGUCUGACCUCUACAUUGUCCUUCCAUCCAUAUGAGAAUACCGUACCGCCAAAGGAAGAAUUCAUGGUGGAUGCUGAGGGAGGGACCGUGACGAUAAAGUUACGUGCGAAAUUUGCAAGUGUCAAGACGGGGAAGGACUGGGAAGAAGACUUUGUCUAUGUGCUGAGUGAAUUUGAUGAGGAGGGGAAGAUUGGAAGUCAAGAACUUUGGGCGGAUCCCUUAUCAGCUUGGGUGGCUGUUGGGGAUGAUUGA